CUAUGGUUACUUCUCACCCCCUCCUUCCCUUACACUGUGUGUCCUGUCCAAGGAUUUCCCAGAGCUAGGGUUGGAGUGGAGGUAUUCUGGACAUGUAGGGGGGGUCUCAUCAUUUUAAGAGCUGGAUUUUCCCAUGGAUGCUGAACAUUUAGAGGGACUGUGUAGACUGUGUAGAGGGGAGUCCAACUGAAGUCACCAGAGCUGCUGCCGGCCAUGAGCUUCAUCUACUGAGCUUGGAGAAAGUUUUUAUGAAGAUGCUCAACCUCCUUCUGUGGAUCUCCUUACUUGUUGGGACCCUGAACCCCGUCCACUGCGGCUCCCCGGAGAACCAGUGCAACUGGAGAGGAAGUGGUCUGUCCCUGGAACCCAGAUCUGUGGAGCAAGUCUUGUUGCACUGCGCGGAGGGAACAGUAGAAUGGAUGUAUCCAACUGGAGCUCUACGCCUCAGCCUGGUACCCCGACAGCCUUUGGCCUCCCCGGGGUCUGGGCCCAGGCGCUUCACAGCCUGCAUCAAGCCGGUGGCCACGUUCCGAGGGGCGCAGCUGUACUUGGAGAAGGAAGGGGUGCUGGAGCUACUGCUGUCGGAGACUGGGCCAUCACCGCGUUCCAGGGUCCAGUGCUUCAGCUGGCAGCCCCACCAGAAGGUAGCGCUGUUUCUACAAGCCACCCCUCACCAGGACAUUAGCCGACGCAUCGCUUCUUUCCGAUAUGAGUUUAGAAGUGACUGGGAUGGACAGUUAGCUCUCCCUCUCAACAAGCUGAGCACAGAAGGUGCCUGCCGCCCUUGUAACGACACAGAAAUCCUUAUGGCUGUCUGCACUAGUGACUUUGUUGUGCGUGGCAACAUCCGAACGGUGCUCAAUGAUGAGGACAUGCAAGAAUCUGUCAUCGCAGUCAGCGCCACGAGGGUCUUUCGCCAGAAGUUCACAUUGUUUCAGGCCCGAGGACACUCUGUAAAAUCACUUGGAAAUAUUAAGACACCUCUCAGCUGCGGGGUUCGGCCAGGACCAGGCAGCUUUCUGUUUAUGGGAUGGGUACACUUUGGUGACGCCUGGCUAGGCUGUGCCCCUCGCUACAAGGACUUCAAGAGGGUAUAUGAAACAGCAAAGGAGACCCAUGAAAACCCAUGUGAGAUAGCACUAGACUGAGGUUACUAUGACAAUUCGGGACAUUGUUUGAUCUCAACAGAAAGGAAGGAAUAAAUAU